UGAGGCAAGGCCCUGCUGCACUUUCACUCAUUCUCAGCUGUAUAACUGACUGGCCACAUCUGCAGAGAUGAUGCAAGGUAUGAUCAUAAAGAACAUGUCCUUCAAGGUCGGGCAGACCCUGACCGUUGUUGGAGAAGCCAAGUCUGAGGCUUCAAAUUUUGCAGUGAAUAUUGGCCCAGAUGAGCAGGACAUCACUUUCCAUAUCAACCCCCGCUUUAAUGCCCACGGGGAUGAGAAUGUGGUGGUCUGCAACUCUUAUCAGGGAGGCAACUGGUGUGAGGAGCACCGUGAGGGAGGCUUUCCUUUCCAACAGGGAGAGGAGUUCAAGAUCAUCAUUGAAUUCACCCCUACAGAGUUCCAUGUGACUUUAUCAGAUGGCUCUUCAAUCCACUUCCCCAAUCGCAUGGGUGCGGAGAAGUACUCGGUCAUCAGCUUUGAUGGGGAUGCUCGCAUCAGAAGCGUUGAAAUCAAGUAAACCUCCAACCUCCCAGGAAUUGUUGGAUUGAAAUUCUUUUUUCUUUUUCUUUCCCAUUUGUCAAGCAUUGGAUCGCAUACAGCCCCAGCUUUUAGGUUCCUGAAAACAUGUGAUAUCAGUAGUGCCUUACAUGCUUAUCACACAAUGCAUUAUGCAAGAAUUGUGAAAUGUCAACGUGUACAGAUGCAGUCAACCAUAGACAAAAAUAUAAAUAAGAAAAAUGGUCAGAUUUACACACAGAAAAGAAUACAGUAAAUAUUGUAACAUGUCCAUCUUGCGCACUUGACAGAGCUGCUGGCUGAAAAGCAAACCAAACAUAAAGUUGUCCCAUACACGUGUAAUCUGACAAUUAUUUGCUUUGCAGUUUGCAGAGUUUAGUUUUGGUGGCACAUACAAUGUGAUCAGUUGUUCUUUAAGGUGCCGUGAAGUGCUGCAUGCUCCCAGACAUUCCAGAUUUAUAACUGAGAUAAUGCUUGCCUUUACAACAUGUAUUAAAGCAUUUUCUUUUAUGAUAAA